AUGGCCUUAUCUCGCUCCGUCUUCUUUGCUUUGGCUUUGGCUGUGGCUGUUAGUGCCAGUCCAGUAGUACAAAAGAGCAACUCUACUACUUCUGCUAGCACUCCUUCUAAUGCUUUGGAAUUGUUGGCUCAGAGUGUUCAAGGUAAGAAAUAAUUUUAAUUUUGAAGUCAAAACUGAUUUUUAAAAAGUGUUAGAUAAUAUAAUAGAUGUUUUAAAUUGCAAAAUUACUUAAAAUGACUUAAAAGCCUUAAAAAAUGUGAUAAUACAUCUCAAAACCUUUAGAAGCCCUCCCAACUCCAUUGAAGAGCCUGUUGAAGGAACUAGAGCUCAAAGAACUCGAAGGCCUUAAAGAAGUUGUUGAACAACUUCCACAGCUUACUGAGAUCAAGAAGGUCGAGGAAUUGUUGAAGGAAAAGAGCCCUAAGAUUGUCAAGCUUCUCCAACAACUGGUCAAGAAAUUUUUAGAACUUUUGAAAGAAAAGAAGGCCAAGCUGACUCCAGAAACCCUCAAAUUCUUCGGUCAGGUAAGGAAGGGCAAAACCUUUAGUAUCUUUUCAAGAAAAGUUAUUUCACGACUAAAACCUAACAUUCUAUUACUAACUAAACUGUAACCUAUGAUUCCCCAAGCUAAAGUUUCAAAUUUCAAACUUAAAAACCCUUUAUAGGUUGCUGAUGUAAGCAAGGAUGCCUUGAAGAAAUUCCAAAAGGUGCUCCAAGAGCUGAAGCCAGAAGUCACUCAAAACUUGAAGAUUGUGUUCCCAGAAAUCGCUAGCCUUCUCGACACUCCAGCCGGAAAGAAGAUUUUGCCUAUUGCUCUUAACGGAACUAUCGCUUAA